AUGCCCCGAAACGGUAAAUCAGAGAGAAACUACCACAUCUUCUAUGAGAUGCUGUCUGGUCUGGAGCCUCACCAAAAACGCUCUCUUUACCUGCAAGAGGCGGAGACAUACUUUUACCUUAACCAGGGUGGUGACUGUGCGAUAGAGGGGAAGGAUGAUGGAGCAGAUUUCCGUCGUGUGCAGAGUGCCAUGGACAUCCUGCGUUUCAGUCCUGAUGAGCAGAACGGCAUCUGUCGACUACUGUCCUCCGUACUACACCUGGGGAAUGUUUACUUCCAGCCAUACCAGGCUGAAGGCCAGGAGGUGGCGACGGUGGUCAGUGAUCAGGAGAUCAGAGUGGUAGCUGAGCUGCUCCAGAUCUCCCCUGAGGGACUCAAGAAGGCCAUCACACACAAAGUCACGGAUACAGUCCGGGAGAAGAUCUACACUCCCCUGACAGUGGAGAGUGCUGUGGAUGCCAGAGACGCUGUUGCUAAGAUCCUGUACUCGCUGCUGUUUCAUUGGCUGACCGAGAAGAUAAAUGGGCGGGUCUAUCCUCGCAACGAGGCUCUGUCCAUCUCUAUACUGGACAUAUACGGCUUCGAGGAUCUGCUAUUCAACAGUUUUGAGCAGCUGUGUAUCAACUAUGCCAACGAGACGCUGCAGUUCUACUUCAACAAGAUCAUCUUCAGGGAGGAACAGGAGGAGUACAUCCGUGAGCAGAUCAGCUGGCAAGAGCUUCCCUUCAGCGACAACCAGGCCGUCAUCAACCUCAUCGCCGCUAAGCCUCAUGGGAUACUGAGGAUCCUGGAUGACCAGUGCGGCUUCCCCCAGGCGACAGACCACACCUUCCUCCAGAAGUGCAACUAUCACCACGGGAACAGCGAUCUGUAUGCCCGGCCAAAGAUGCCCCUCCCAGAGUUCACACUGAAACACUACGCUGGGAAAGUCACAUACCAAGUGCAUAAGUUCCUCCAUAAGAACUUUGACCUGGUGCGUCAGGACGUUCUGGAGCUGUUCAGUAGCAGUAAGAACCGCAUGGUGUCCAACCUGUUCCUCCAACACAGUGAGGGUCUGGCGUCUCAGCAGCGUUCUGCCGCCAGGAGGGGCUCCACCGCCCGCCGCCUCGCCGGCAACACCGUCAGUGCCAAGUUCCAGAGCAGUCUGCAGGACCUGGUGGAGAAGAUGGAGAGAUGUAAUCCAUACUUUGUACGUUGCAUCAAGCCAAACCAGCACAAAGAACCGGGCCAGUUUGAGACGGAGCUGGUGAAGACUCAACUACGUUACUCUGGUAUCCUGGAGACCAUACGCAUCAGGAAGGAGGGAUACCCAAUCAGAAUACCCUUCUACCAAUUCCUCAACAGGUACAAGGCGUUACUGUGUCUAAAGGAGGUACCUCCAGCGGACGGGGAGACCUGUGUUGAGAUGAUACAUAAACUCUGUCCUGUUAAACCUGGAACAUACCAAGUAGGAGUUACCAAGGAUGUGGGUGUGGUCGACAUAACGGAUGUGGGUGUGGUCUACAUAAAGGAUGUGGGUGUGGUCUACAUAAAGGAUGUGGGUGUGGUCUACAUAAAGGAUGUGGGUGUGGUCUACAUAAAGGAUGUGGGUGUGGUCUACAUAAAGGAUGUGGGUGUGGUCUACAUAAAGGAUGUGGGUGUGGUCUACAUAAAGGAUGUGGGUGUGGUCUACAUAAAGGAUGAUGUGGGUGUGGUCUACAUAACGGAUGUGGGUGUGGUCUACAUAAAGGAUGUGGGUGUGGUCUACAUAAAGGAUGUGGGUGUGGUCGACAUAAAGGAUGUGGGUGUGGUCUACAUAAAAGAUGUGGGUGUGGUCUACAUAAAGGAUGUGGGUGUGGUCUACAUAAAGGAUGUGGGUGUGGUCUACAUAAAGGAUGUGGUGUGGUCUACAUAA